GAAAAUAAAUUCCAAAAUGGCUGUCACGGACGGGCCAGCGGUGAAAGAAGAAGAAAUAAAUGCCUUGACUAGGGAGGCUGAAUCCCUGAAAAUCAAACUUGAAGAGGAAAGAAGAAAGCUCAAUGAUGUAGACUUGAUGGUUGUAGCCGAGAAGCUGGACACAUUACCACAACUCAACUUGAAACCAAGAAGGAUUCUCAAAGGACAUCAGGGCAAAGUUCUGUGCUUAGAUUGGGCUCGAGAUCAUCGACAUAUGGUGACAUCAUCACAAGAUGGCAAGAUUAUUGUAUGGGAUGCAUUCACCACAAACAAGGAACAUGGUAUCACUAUGCCAACGACCUGGGUCAUGGCUUGUUCAUAUGCUCCGUCCGGCACCAUAGUGGCUUGUGGGGGUCUUGAUAAUAAGUGCUCAGUGUACCAGCUAAGCCAAGAGGAAGAUUUGUCAACUAAGAAGAGAGCAGUUGCCAUGCAUACCAGCUACGUGUCCUGCUGCACAUUCAUGAACUCUGACCAACAGAUCUUGACGGGUAGUGGUGACAGCACCUGUGCUCUCUGGGACGUUGAGAGUGGUCAGUUAUUGCAGAGUUUUCAUGGUCAUAACGCUGACGUCAUGGGCUUGGAUCUGUCCCCCUCAGAAGCAUGCAAUACCUUCGUAUCAGGGGGAUGUGACAAGCAGGCUCUAGUGUGGGAUAUGCGUUCAGGACAAUGCGUUCAAUCAUUUGAUGGCCACGAAUCAGACAUCAAUGCAGUCCGCUUCUUCCCAAGUGGAGAUGCCUUCGCUUCAGCAUCGGAUGAUGCAGGGUGUCGUUUGUACGACCUGAGAGCUGAUCGUGAGAUCAACUGCUAUGCCAAGGAAUGCAUCAUCUUUGGAGCCACUUCUCUGGAUUUCUCUCUCAGUGGCCGUCUGCUCUUUGUGGGCUACAACGAUUACUCGGUCAACAUCUGGGACACGCUGAAGGGCAUCCGUCUGACCAUGUUGUAUGGGCACGAGAAUCGCAUCAGUUGCCUGCGCACCUCACCGGACGGCACAGCGCUGUGUACUGGCAGCUGGGACUACACACUGCGCAUCUGGGCUUGAGAGAGUAGGACUGUCCAAAACAUCGACAAGGCUGGUUGUGGUGUUGGAAGUUGAGGCUGUUACAAGUCCAUCACAAGUCCAGUCACAAGUAAAUCCAGUUGCAAGUAAUGGAGGAUGAAUUGUAACAAAGGAAUGCCUUUGGCAUUUGUUCAUUUGAAUAGAUUGUGACUUGACUUGGGUCUGGAAGACUUGUGAUUGACUUGUGAUUGACUUGUGAUGGACUUGUGAUCCUCUGGCAAAGACUUGUGACGGACAUGACUACAGCAAAAGCUGGCUCAUACAAUAGAACUUAUUCACGAGGAAGCCAUU